CUUCGAUUUUGCUCCAUCCAGAUUCGCAGCAAAAAUUCGGGGAAAUCGCAGCAAUUACUCUCCCCUCUGGCAUGGGCAUAUUGCGCCUCGCUCCAGUCGUUUUCUCAGUUAGCUCGUCAUUCAUUUUUUCACAAUGAACCCGUCUUCGGUACUCGUGCCCAAGGCCACGGCUAUUCCCGGCUGUAUCCUUCGAACCUCGCGACAAUGCUCGAAACAAAACCAGACAGCUGGAGUUAGAACCUCCGUCCCAGCGCGUCAAUAUCAUGUCACCACCAUCCACUCGCCCGUGAGACGUCGUCGGGAUAGUAUUCUUAUGAAGAAACGUCCAGACUACAUCCAAACUAGGAGCUUCCAUGUUACGAACGUACUUGCGGCAGUCCCCGAUCCAUACCAUGUCCUAGGAGUGGACAAAGGCGCUUCCGCAGGCGAUAUCAAAAAAGCGUACUAUGGAAUGGCAAAGAAAUACCACCCCGAUACCAACAAGGAUGAAAACGCCAAGGAGAAGUUCGCGGAGGCGCAGACCGCUUAUGAGUUACUCUCGGAUCAAAAGAAACGUGAGACUUACGAUCGUUACGGGUCAGCUGCGUUUGAUCAAAAUGGUGGCUUCGACCCGAGCGCCGGUGCAGGCGCGGGAGGCAACCCGUUCGCUGGUGGGGGAGGCUUCCACGGGUUUGGAGGUGGCUUUGGAGGUGGUUUCCCUGGUGGUUUUGCUGCGGAUAUCAACUUCGAGGACCUUUUUGGGGCUUUCGCAGGUGGCGCUCGUCGUUCCGGCCGGGGUAGGCGGGGUCCGUUCCAGGAGGUACUAGUCGGUGAGGAUAUUGAGGUUCAGACCAGCAUCUCAUUUAUGGAAGCGGCCAAAGGUACAUCACAGGACGUUGUUAUUACCCCUCUGAAAGAGUGCGGCACCUGUAACGGCGACGGUUUGAAACAGGGUGCGAAACGUACCCAAUGUCGCCAAUGCAAUGGUACCGGAACUCGGGUACAUAUGCUGCAGGGAGGCUUCCAGGUGGCGGCUACCUGUGAUGCCUGUGGUGGAGCGGGACUUAUCGUUCCUCGAGGCUCGCAAUGCGGUUCAUGCCAUGGAAACGGAGUGGUCCGCGACCGAAGGACUGUCCGGGUCGAUAUUCCCGGUGGUGUUGAGGAUGGUAUGCGACUAAGGAUAUCAGGAGAGGGUGAUGCACCUCCUACCGGAACGGCAGCUGCCCCCGGCGCUAAGACACAGCGAGGUGACCUCUAUGUUUCCAUUCGGGUUUCUCCUGACGAACGGUUCAGUCGUGCCGGAUCCGACAUCCUUUACACCGCAUCAGUCCCUCUUACUACGGCACUUCUUGGUGGCGAAGUGACAGUACCCACCCUCGAUGGACACGUCAAAGUAAAGGUUGCGACGGGAACUGGGACCGGCGAUCGGAUUACACUUUCAGGAAUGGGCAUGAAGAAACUAACUGGCCGAUCUCGCGGCUUCAGCCCGACCGGUGACCUGAAGGUUGAGUUCAAGGUUGCGAUGCCCAAGUACCUGACAGGCAACCAGCGCACUAUCCUUGAAGUUCUUGCCGAUGAAAUGAAUGAUAAGACUGCCAGGCGGGUCAUGGACAUUCCAAAGGACGGUGGUGCUCCAUCAUCCGAUGAGUCUUCCGGAGAAGCGGCCAAGAACGAAGGAUUUCUGAAAUCUGCAUGGCACAAACUCAUGAGCCAUAAGAAGCCGACCGAAUCAGAGAAGCCCAGCGAAGAACCGUCUAAAAAGGAGUCUGAAUCCUCGACCGAGAGCAACAAAAACGAAAACGACAAGAAAUCAGUAAAUGGGAGCUCCCCGCUCCUCGCCGGCAAGAUGGUUCAGUCGCCUAUGAUAUCAUGUCCCCUCAAACAGACCAACGAAAUCGACUGGAUUCAACCUCUCAAGGACUAUAUUCGACAGAGCUAUGGUGAAGACUCUGAGCGCUAUGCUCAAGAAUGUGCGACGCUCAACCGGUUGCGCCAGGAUAUGAGGGGCGCUGGCAAGGACAGUGCGACAGGACGUGACCUUCUCUAUCGAUACUAUGGACAACUAGAGCUCUUAGAUCUCAGAUUUCCUGUCGACGAAAGUCACAUCAAAAUAUCUUUUACCUGGUAUGAUGCGUUCACCCACAAGCCGACCUCACAAUACUCUCUCGCCUUCGAGAAGGCAUCGAUCAUUUUCAAUAUCUCCGCAGUCCUUUCCUGUCAUGCAGCGAACCAAAACCGUGCGGAUGAUACGGGCCUGAAGACCGCUUAUCACAACUUCCAGGCAUCCGCCGGCAUGUUCACCUACAUCAACGAAAACUUUCUCCACGCUCCAUCGACUGACCUGAACCGCGAAACCGUAAAAACUCUCAUCAAUAUCACACUUGCUCAGGGUCAAGAGGUAUUCCUUGAGAAGCAAAUAGCGGACAACAAGAAGUUUGGAUUCCUGGCGAAACUCGCCAGCCAGGCCUCAUAUCUCUACGCGCAGGCUAUUGAAGGGACACAAGAACAUGCGAAAGGUAUUUUUGACAAGGCAUGGGCCACUCUCCUUCAAGCCAAAUCUGCGCAUAUGGGCUCCGUGGCGUCUUACUAUCAAGCGCUAGCAGACGGCGAAGCAGGUUCUUACGGAAUAGCUGUUGCGAGGCUCCAGCUGGCAGAGAAGCAUUCGACAGCUGCACUCAGCUGGGCUAAAUCAUUUCCUUCCUCGGUCUCCCCAAACACAAAUCUAAGCUCGGAAGCGGGCCCUAACUUGGUGGAUAUUGUCAAGUUCCAUCUUGCGAACGUGCAGUCCCAACUGGCCACGUCUGUUAAGGACAACGAUUUUAUAUAUCAUCAGCCCGUCCCAAGCGAAGCGGGGCUAUCCGCAGUAUCGAAACUGCCUGCAGCGAAGGUGAUUCCCGUUAGUGAACUGUACCAGGGUCAGGAUAUCCAGCGGAUCAUCGGCCCCGAUAUUUUCCAGAAGCUUGUUCCUAUGUCUGUUACCGAGACAGCAAGUCUAUAUGAUGAAGAGAAGGCAAAAUUGAUCCGGGCAGAAACAGAAAAGGUCGAGACGGCUAAUGGAGAGAUGGCAGCAAGCCUGGAUUAUUUCAAGCUUCCAGGUAGUCUCAACAUCCUGAAAGGAGGGAUGGACCAGGAAAUGACGGUCGAUGAGGAAUUUCAACAUUGGUGUCAGGAGCUGGCAGGACAUGACUCAUUCUCCAAGGCGUUUGAUGGUCUUCAAGACCGCAAAUCGGAGGUUCUGUCGCAACUAGACCAAUGUUCCAAACAGUUGGAUUUGGAAGAGAGCGUUUGCGAGAAAAUGCGCUCGAAAUACGGGGCAGAUUGGAGCCAGCAGCCCAGUAGUCGACUGAAUACGACUCUUCGUAGUGAUAUCAGGUCCUACAGAGAUACCAUCCAUGAAGCCAGUGCCAGCGACUCUCAGCUUUCUGCAACUCUUCGGCAGUAUGAGUCGGAUUUUGAUGAGAUGCGAUCAGCAGGGGAGACGGACGAAGCGGAUGUGCUUUUCCAGCGAGCAAUGAUAAAGGCUGGCUCGAAGCAGGGCAAGGGCAAAAACGGUGUAACUAGCCCUCAUUCAGCCUCAGAAGGAACUUUACUAGAUGAUGUCUAUGAUGAUGAGGUUCCCUCGGUGGCAGAUCAGAUUUCCAGGGUGGAGUCAAUUCUCAAGAAACUGAACCUUGUCAAACGAGAGAGGUCUCAGGUCUUGAAGGAUCUAAAGGACAAGGUACACAACGACGAUAUCUCAAACGUUCUGAUUCUCAACAAGAAAUCAAUUACAGGUCAGGAAAGCCAGCUCUUCGAGGCUGAGCUGGAGAAAUUUCGGCCUCAUCAAAACAGACUCCUUCAGGCCAAUCACAAACAAACGGCGUUAAUGAAGGAGCUCACCAAAACCUAUGGAGACCUAUUGCAGGACAAACGAGUGAGGGCUGAGCAGUCGAAAUAUGAGACAAUAACCCGGCAGCGCAACUCUGUGAUGGCCAGAUAUAAGAAGAUUUACGACUCUUUCAACAGCUUGCGUUCAGGAAUAACACAGGCUCAGACAUUCUACACCGAAAUGACUGAUACUGUUGAUAACCUCAAAAAGAACGUCGAUACCUUCAUCAACAACCGCAGGACCGAAGGUGCCCAGCUUCUAGCUCAGAUCGAACGUGAGAAAUCGAGCGGUUCAUCCGACCAGGAGGAACGCGAGCGAGAGAAACUAAGACAGCUGAUGGAACGCCUGUCUACGGAGCCAAAACCUUCCUCUGUACCCCCACCCCCGUCAGUCGGCGGUCCAGCCCAAGCCAAGUCUCCCCCGCCACCUAUCAAAGCACCAGCUUACCCGGCGAAUAUCGCUCCUCCUAAGGCGUCACCGCAUUUCCCUUCGGCCGUUCCACAACAUCAUGGCAACCCCGUCUCUCAUUCCCCAGCGCCUUACAGCCAGUACAUGCCUCCAGGAACCGGCGUGUCCUACAUCCCAUCCCAGUCCUUCCAGCAAGGCGCUGCCGCGCCACUCUCCGAGGGCUAUAACCCGAUGGCAUAUCCGGUCCCCGUCUCAUCCAUGUCACCUCCCCCAAGUCAGCAUUUUUACUCUCCAGCACCCACUCCGUUCUACACCAGCCCAACCCCACCCGUCCCCUCGAGCCAAUACAUGCCGCAAGGCUAUGUUCCGCCACCGCCGCCUCCCCGACCUCAGCAGACUACCUAUACACCGUCUGCGGGCCCAUUCCCCUCAGGUCCUGGCGGAUACGCUCAAAGCAGGCCAUAUGGGAGCAGUCAACAUAAUAAAACCCACUCGCAGUCGUCUCCGCAAUCAGGCUUCCCCUCUUCUUCCUCAUCAACUACUCCCGAUCCUUGGGCCGGUUUGAAUGCCUGGAAAUAAGUGGCUUCUCUCUUCAGAUAUCUUCUUCUAUCUCCCCAAUAAUGAAGAACUACGAUAGAUUUACGUAUGAAUGUAUUCAAUAUCAUAUGUUGAUGUUAACAUUCAACUGUACCACUGUACCUCGUGCAUUACAGCGUUUGCCAACCAUUGCGCCUCAUUCGUACUUUAAAUAUAUUCCUUUUCCGUAUUUACGUUUGUUUAAUUUUCUAGUACGUAUGUUUAGUUGAAUUAUGGAAUUUCUUUGCCUAUUCUAUAUAGCUUCGUGUUUCAAGAGUCUCGAUGGGUAUAGAACUAAAAAGUUCACGUGUCCAAAGUUAACAAGGCUGUUUUGGCCGCUAUCUAUCAAUCAACUAACAAUUACCUACUUGUUACCAGGGACAAUAGUACGAAUGGGUUAUCAGAAGUCUUGGUAUAAG